AUGGUUCCUCCCAGCAAACGCCGAAGGUCAGCGAGCGAGAGUGGUUCAGACAGUGAAGGGGAGACUGACUCAAGGCCACUUCAUAAUCAAUUACGAAUUAGGCACCGACCAACUCUGACUAUCGACUGGCGUGAAGAGAUUUGCCGAUUCCUGAACGGCUCCGGCGAAUUAACCGAAUUAACCGACGAUGCGAUCCUCGACGAGCUUGACAAAGUAUCCACGGAGUUAACCGAGCUGAGACGACUUAGUACCCUGCCUAUUGCGCAAUCCAAGCCUCUAGAUUAUCAAAUUAUCAAUCGCGUUAGGUGCAGUCAGUCAGUUGACGACGAAUUAUACUUGGACGUACCCUGGGUUGUUAACAGUGGUCCAUACCAAGCGCACCUGCGAGGCAGUAAUAAAAUCUACAACUUCGAAUUGCACCUUGAACGGAAUAAGGAGAUAGCCUUUCUGGUUGUCCGUGAGUUUGAGUGUUGCGGUCAAAGGUCGCACCCCGGUGUCGACUUACAAGCAAAAGACUUCCUCGUAAAGGAGUAUGUCUCUAGCAUCUCUACAGAGUUCCGUCAGGCUCUUGUAGAGCUUUGUAACUUGGCACUGCAAGGAAUCGCUCAUCCAAACUUUGAGGAUGGUGAAGUUAACCAGAUCUACUAUCCAUACCUUUGGUGGUUCCAUGGUCGUUUAGAUAUAGAAGAAGCAAGAGUGCAGAUCAGCCCCAAAUCACUUGUGUAUCUUGGAAUUUUCCAAAACUACCUUGAUACGUGCUUGGGUGACGAAUGGAAGACUGUUGAUGUUCUACUCUCAACAGGGUACAUCACGGCCGAGUAUGUCCGUUACUUAUUUGUCCCACAAGAUAUAUGCAUCUUGAAUUCUCAUGGCAAGGCUGCAGUAGCACUAGAGGCUUUUACGGCUACAGAUUGGUUAGAUCAGCCCAGAGGUUCUAUUUCAGGAACGAAGUGGGAUUUUGAUGGAAACUUCGAGCGAAAGAAUAAACAUUUUUUCCUCGGCCAGCUUCCUUCAUUAACAACAAAAUUUCCAAUCCGAAAUUUAUCAGUUUACCCUGCACGUUUUGCAGACAAAGACAGUAUAGAUGGAAUUCGGCGCCGAGGGAAAAUGUUCUGGAAGUGCCGGCGUCGAAAUUAUGUGUGUUACAAAGACACAGAAUUGAAGAGUGCGCCUAGCAUGUCCGAUCCACGCUUCAUGGUAGACACUGCAACUUUUAAACAGAUGCACCCGUCAGGCGAUAGGGAAGGACAUGUGACUUGUAAUGACGACCUUGGGCCGGAUAUCAUGUUACAGGAUGAACCAGCUCUCUCUGACACGUUUUUCAUGUGUCUCCCUACAACACUUUCCGGGUUCAAUAUGCAAAAGAAAGAAUGGGUUACCCUCCAGGUGGGCUAUAUUGAAGACGUGACAUGGAACGAAGAGGCGUUCCAGCUACUAGUCAUCGAUGAAAGCACGAAGGAACUCAUUCAAGCUGUAGUCACAAACCGGCUGCAAGCCGAAGACCACGCCGACAUGAUCCAUGGAAAAGGAAACGGAUUAUUCAUACUAUUACAUGGUGGCCCAGGGACUGGCAAAACUUUGACAGCCGAAAGUGUGGCUGAAAUUGCCCGAAAGCCGUUAUACAAGGUCACAUGCGGUGAUAUCGGCACAAAGGCAGAAGAAGUUGAAAAAUAUCUCGAGGUCGUCCUCCUUCUUGGGCAAACAUGGGGCUGUGUUGUGCUCCUGGAUGAAGCGGAUGUAUUUCUCGAGCAACGAUCGUUUUCCAAUUUGGACCGCAAUGCCCUCGUCUCAGUUUUUCUUCGCGUUCUAGAGUAUUACGAUGGCAUUCUCAUUCUGACAAGCAACAGAGUGGGAACUUUUGACGAGGCCUUCCGGUCCCGAAUCCAACUAACAUUGCGGUAUGAAAACCUAAGCCAAACCCAACGGCACAAAAUCUGGGAGAACUUUGUGCGACGCCUAGAGACGCUGGAGAGUUCGAGAACGGCAGGGGCAACCUCUUCGCUAUCGCCGUCAAUACGAACUUUCUCAGGCUGCGGCUUCGACUUUCAGGAUAUCAGGGCGCAUAUUCCCGAGAUGGCCGAGCGCAACCUCAACGGGCGAGAGAUCCGCAACGCGAUCUCGACGGCGAGACAACUCGCCAUGUACAAGAGAGAACCGAUGAGUUAUAAGCACCUGGAACGUGUCAUCAAAGAAACAAGUAAAUUCGAAGCAUACAUCACCGAAUUGAACCGGGGGUUUUCGUCUGAUGAGAUUUCGAAAGACAAAGGAGAACGUCUAUGA